UACCAAACAGAGAGCUCCCUUUUGCUUCACUCCUACUCAACACAUUUUGAAAAAAAAUCCCUAAGAAAAAAAAAAGAUAUCUUUCAUGUUACCUUUCCAAACUUAUAUUAUCUCUGUUUUUGUUUCUUUUAAUUCACAGUCAACCUUCCCAUCUUCUUCUUCUGGUGCAACAUGAGGGGGACACAAAAAUCUCCCAGAAAAAAACUAACUUUAUCACUAUUUACAACACUCAUCUGCACUUCGGCUUUCAUUGCUCUAUUCUAUACUGAGACUAGAAUUAGUCUUCUUUCUUCCAACCACAUUUUCAAGCCCUGCCCGAAGCGUGACAAGCAUAAGAAGAUUAUAGCUGAUGAUGGACUGGAACACCGUCGAAUUACAGAUGCAACAGAUGAUAGGUUUGUGUUUGGUUCAGAGGAAUGCACUCUAACUGCUGGGAAAUGGGUGUCUAAUACUUCAAUUAAGCCUUUAUACACGGAGAUUACAUGUCCAUACAUUGACAGACAAUUUUCUUGCGUUAAGAAUGGCAGAAAAGAUUCAGAUUAUCUUCACUGGGUAUGGCAGCCUGAUGACUGCAUCUUGCCACGUUUUGAUCCCGAAAAUGCCCUGAGAAAAAUCCAAGGUAAGAGGAUGAUGUUCAUUGGGGAUUCAUUACAAAGAAACCAGUGGGAGUCUUUUGUGUGUUUGGUUAAUUCUGUUAUUCCAGAAAACCAGAAGUCCAUGAAGCGAGGUCGGGUUCACUCUGUCUUCCGAAUUAUGGAAUACAAUGCUACAAUUGAAUUCUAUUGGGCGCCGUUCUUGGUGGAGUCUAACACGGAUAUCCAUAUAAUCACGGAUCCAAGUAAGAGAAUCAUCAAGGUGGACUCAAUUUCUACCCGUGGAAAACAAUGGGUAGGAAUAGACAUUCUAGUCUUCAACACUUACGUCUGGUGGAUGAGUGGCCUCAAGGCCAACACUCUAUGGGGAUCAUUUAAGAACGGCAAAGAUGGCUAUGAAGCAUUCGAUACAGAUGUGGCAUAUAGACUUGCAUUGCGUACAUGGGCAAACUGGAUAGAUUCAAACAUCGAUCCCAACAAAACACGGGUGUUCUUCACCACAAUGUCUCCCGUGCACAUGAGGAGCGCGGAUUGGGGGAGGGAAGAUGGGAUAAAGUGCUUCAACGAAACAAGGCCAGUGAUGAAGAAGGGGCACUGGGGAACAGGGUCGAGCCAGAAGCUGAUGAGAGUGGUGAACAGUGUAGCGAAGAGGAUGAAAGUGCCGGUUACGUUCAUCAACAUCACACAACUAUCGGAGUACAGAAUCGACAGUCACCCAUCAAUCUACAAUGAGCUUCAAGGGAAGCUAUUGAGUGAUGAGCAGAAGGCAGAUCCUUUGCACUUUGCAGAUUGCAUACAUUGGUGCUUGCCUGGUGUCCCUGAUACAUGGAACCAGAUUCUCUACACUUAUUUGUAGCAACAGCAGAAGCACAAUCUUUAUGUACACUUUUCAUUUGUAGCAACAGCAGAAGCACAAUAUUUAUGUACGUAGUACAUUUUUUACGGAGGAGUAUUCCAUUUACUUUUUUCUACCAAAUUUAUUAAUAAAUAUUCCUUCUCUUU